AUGGAGCAGGACAAUGAGCAGCAGGCUCUGCACCAGCCUCGCUUGGAUAAUGAGAUGUUGAUGCCAGUGUCGAGUAUGCCCGUGUCUUCUGGAAACAGCGGCUUUCAUCAGCCAGCAGCCACGCAGUACUUAACAGACAUGAUGAGGCCCUACAUGGCGUCAGCUGAGGAAUUCAGAUCCAGUGAGGGAGAGUGGGAGUCACAGUUCAUUAGGUCGAUUCCUGAGCAUGGUGUGAGGUGCCCCUCCCAGCUGACACCUUCCCAAAGUUAUUGUCAGAGAUCGAUUGGGAGGGGAUCCCACGUGAUGCCAGUCGGAAGUUCAGGUACUCUGGGAAUGACUGUUGACUUCAGUGAGAAUCUGAUGUCUUAUGGUGGCCUGCCAAGCCCAGCUUCCUGUGGAGUCUCAGUGAUGGCCCACAACCAUGCCCCAACAAUGCCUUAUUCUGUACCUGCCACUCCGGGCUCUUUAAAACAUGGAAUAUUGUUGGUCCCAGGCAUGCCUUCCUCUGGGACCCAUGCUGUGACCCACUUUAUAGAUCAGAUGGUACACUCUGCAAAUCCCUGCAAUCCUGAGGUGCUCCCAGCUACGUUCCAGCAAUUGGUAUCUUUAGAUUCCCAAGAUUCACUUGUGACCCAGUCAAAUGUCCAGGAAGAACCUUUCAUAUGUGAGCAGCCUACACCUGCUCCACAGGAGACAGAGAGCCCCAGUACAUCAAGAGGGGCAAGAAAGAGAGAGCCCCUAGUUUCAAGGCCUUAUGUCUGCUCAUAUGACAACUGUGGAAAAGCUUACACCAAGCGCUCUCACCUCGUGAGUCACCAACGCAAACACACAGGUGAGAAGCCCUACGCAUGUGACUGGAAAGGCUGUACGUGGAGGUUCUUCCGCUCUGAUGAGCUUGGACGACAUAAACGGAUCCAUACCAGAUAUCGACCACAUAAGUGUGACGAGUGUGACCGAGAGUUCAUGAGAUCUGACCAUCUCAAGCAGCACAAAAGAACUCAUCUGCCCAAGUAA